AGGCGUAUCACUGCGUCGUAUAGCGACAGUUAUGCCAAACCCGAACAAACAUGUGCGUCAUUAUCGUCAUCUUCCACUCUGACAAGUAGCAAAUUUACCCAGAAAAAAAGGGCGGGUUGAACAUCUCAUUCUUCCAAAAUCACAUCCAGGAAAGUUUGGUAUUUAGGAAACUAAUCACAAGAAUCUAGAGGCCCAGAGCAUCUCAACCAUCCAUCAUCAAUGGCGAGCAGGAGGCCUCUGCAGAGUGUGCUGAGCAACUUGAGCUCGAACAGAGUGAUCUGGAGUGGAAGGAGGAGCUUCGGUGCUAUUCCUCAAGCUACUCUUCCUUCGUCUUCCCAGGAACUCAUCAGCUUUGAAUAUGAACACAGCGCCCACAAUUACCACCCAAUUCCCGUCGUAUUCUCUCAAGCAAGGGGGUCAUCUAUAUGGGAUCCAGAGGGAAACAGAUAUCUGGACUUUCUUUCAGCUUACUCUGCUGUUAAUCAGGGACAUUGUCAUCCAAAGAUCAUGAAGGCAUUACAAGAACAGGCAGAAAGGCUCACUCUUAGUUCUCGAGCUUUCUAUAAUGAUAGAUUUCCACAAUUUGCUGAGUAUCUAACCAGCAUGCUGGGAUAUGACAUGGUGCUGCCUAUGAACACUGGUGCUGAAGCGGUGGAAACAGCUUUAAAGUUGGCGAGGAAAUGGGGUUAUGAGAAGAAAAAAAUCCCAAAAAAUGAGGCUAUUAUUGUUUCGUGUUGUGGCUGCUUCCAUGGUCGUACAUUGGCAGUCAUCUCCAUGAGCUGUGACAAUGACGCAACCCGAGGUUUUGGACCCUUAUUGCCUGGACAUCUUAAAAUUGAUUUUGGUGAUGCAGUUGGCCUUGAAAAGAUUUUUGAAGAGUAUGGAGAUAGAAUAGCUGGAUUUCUCUUUGAACCCAUUCAAGGAGAGGCUGGGGUUAUAAUUCCUCCAGAUGGUUAUCUGAAAUCUGUCAGAGAGCUGUGCUCAAAAUAUAAUAUUUUAAUGAUUGCUGAUGAAAUACAAUCUGGUUUAGCACGGUCAGGGAAAAUGCUGGCUUGUGAUUGGGAGGAAGUUCGCCCAGAUGUAGUGAUACUAGGAAAAGCAUUGGGCGGUGGAGUGGUACCUGUAAGUGCGGUGCUCGCAGACAAAGACGUAAUGCUUUGUAUCCAACCUGGAGAGCAUGGAAGUACUUUUGGGGGUAAUCCGUUGGCCAGUGCAGUUGCUGUUGCCUCACUUGAUGUAAUCAGAGAUGAGAGACUUGCUGAAAGAUCCGCCCAAAUGGGACAAGAGCUUAGGAAUCAGUUACUCCAGAUUCAGCAGCAAUACCCAAACUACAUAAAGGAAGUUCGAGGAAGAGGUUUGUUCAAUGCUGUGGAGCUCAAUAGCAAGAAUUUGUUCCCCGUUUCUGCUUAUGAUAUCUGCCUAAAGUUGAAGGAGAGAGGAAUUCUUGCCAAGCCAACACAUGAUACUAUUAUCCGAUUGACUCCUCCACUCUCCAUGAGUUUGGAGGAGCUCCAAGAAGGAUCAAAGGCACUUUCUGAUGUUCUGGAACUUGAUCUACCAAAGAUGCAGAAGGAAAAGCCAAAAAACAUCUCUUUGGAUGCUUCUAACAUAUGUGACCGUUGUGGUCGAGACUUAUAGGAUAACAAUCUUUGAAUCAUAUAUCCUUGUGAAUCCUGGGAAAUUUCCAUUUUUUUUCUUUUCGAACUUAUUCUCUGUUUCAAUAAAUUAUUAUUUGUCCCAAUACCUUACACUGUGUGGAUGGAUGAAUAAAUGUAAAGGAAAUAUCGUAGGGCUUAGUUCAUCACAUUCACUGUUAGAGUUUCUGGUUUUUAUUUUCUAUUUUAUCUAGUUGAGUUUUAAAAUGCAGAACAAACUGUUACACAGAUGCAUUUAGUUUAAUGUUGUCAAUUUAAUGUUA